AUGUUGGCCGAUAAAGUGUCUGAGGUGCAAGGACCAGAUCUCCACAUUCCCAUCCCGAUACUUCACGACUUGAUAGUCUCGUCGGUGGCCCAACAUGGAGACAAGGUAGCCAUAGUAUGCAAACAUCAGCCUGCAGACCUCUUUCCAGCGGUAAGCAGCUACGGAGACUCCAGCAUCAAAACGACGGAGAGACCAUAUCUUCAAUGGACUCAUUCCCAGCUUCAAUACGGUGCCGACCUCCUUGCUCAUGCCUUGGUCAAGCAGGGACUGAGUCCCGGGUCGCCGAUUGCUGUGCUACUCAGCGGAAGAGUUGAAUUUCACAUGCUGUUACGAGCAGCAGUGAAGCUGAAAUGUCCAUUCGCACCUCUCAAUCUUCGAGCACCGCAAAAUGCCAAAGAGAUCAGGCAUAUGUUGACGUUGUCUGGCGCCAAAGCUGUCAUUGUCGAGGAUGAAUCCAUCGCCCACAGGCUCGAACAGACGGUACCUGACUUGAUGCGGGAGAUGCAGGUGAAGGCUAUGGCCGGACCAAAGUCUACGGUCGAUUCAUACUUGUCACUCAACGAGUUGGUGUCCUCUGCCGCGGAGGACGAUAGUUUCCAGGAGACACAGAGGGCCUUUGGCCAGGUCGAGCGCCAUUUGGACGAUACAGUGUUUAUCUGGUUCACCUCAGGCACGACAGCACUGCCAAAGGCGGCGCCACACACUAAUAAAUCGCUCACCUGCAAUGUCCGAUCAUGGGGAGCAGUAUUCAAUCUGGAUAGCACCCGUCGAUGGCUCCAGAUCCUCCCCAUGAACUCGAUCGUCGGCAGUUCAUGGACACUCGCGUAUCUGAUCCCAGGAGGCAGCGUCACGCACGUCAACUACAACUUUGAUGUCCAAUCCAUUGCCGCCGCAGUCAAGGAAGGAGAACACACCGACGUGCUCGCAGUCCCAUCCAUGAUCGAUCUCUUAGCCUCUUCUCCGAUACUCACCGAGUCGUCAGUCAAAGGUAUUGAACACGUCAUUGUGGGUGGGAGCAAGAUCCUUCGAUCGCACGUCGAAAAGGCCUUCAACGUAAUGAAAUGCAGGCGUUUCAGUCCCUUCUUCGGAAUGACUGAAGGCACAUCGGUCUGCACGGAGACACUUUACAGCGUCCCAGAGAGUCUGGAUGAUCCCAUCUACGCGGGCUACGCCAACCCAGGGAGCAAGAUCAGGAUCUGUGCGCCCGAGGGGAACGAGCCUGUCCCUAGAGGUGUACCUGGGGAAAUAGUCCAGGGUGGCUUGCAGAAGAUCGAAAAUUAUCUGGGUGGUCAAGGUAAAGACAACUUUUUCACGGAUAAGGGAGAAACUUGGUAUCGGUGCGGCGACCAGGCAGUCAUGUUGCCCAACGGAAGGAUUGCCAUCAUCGGACGGUAUAAAGACAUGAUCAUCAGAGGUGGCAUGAAUAUAGCUUCUGCAGCUGUUGAAGCCAUUAUAUCCGAAGGAACAGGCAUAGACUCCCAAGUAAUUGGGAUCCCGGACGAGGUCGCCGGAGAGGUUCCCAUCGCAGUGAUCAAAUACUCGGGAGGAGACAAUGGCGUCGCGAUCAAAAUCCAGAGAUGCGUACUCGAGAGAAUGGGACCCCCUUACGCACUAGAGCGAGUGGUCAACCUAGCUGAUCUGGGGCUGGAAGACUGGCCCAAAACGAGCUCCGGCAAGGUUCUCAAGCGAGAGCUACGAUUGUUGAUAGAGAAACUGCUUCCGUCAACAGACUCCAAGCCGAGCGAGAACCCACGGAACGGAGAGUAUCUGCGGGACAAGAUACAGAUUGACGAAGCUCAAUUGCAGAACCACCUGCUCAAACGAGUGCAGCAGCAGGGAAUCCUAGUGUCGGACAUUGACGAGAAUUUCCACGACGCUGGCAUGGACAGUCUGCUUGCACUCAGACUGAGGAAUGCCAUCGAUCGAGACCCGGACUUGGGUAUACACGCAAAGCUACGGGCAGAGGAUAUAUUUCAAUAUGGUACCGUCCGGCUCCUGACAGCGCACUUGAUAACCACUACAAGCAAGACAUCUGGGAUAACCUUGUCUCACCUCGAUGCCCUUGUUGACGAAAUGGAUGCCAUGGUCGAGAAAUAUGGCGACUUCCGUGUUCACCAGGCUUCGGAGGGCGUGGUCGCUCAGAAAGAAACAGUGCUCCUCACUGGUGCAACUGGUUCUCUAGGAGCUCACAUCCUUUCCCUGCUGAUCGAGAGGGACGACGUUAGUACAAUAUACUGUCCCGUAAGAGGUUCUGCACCGGCAAAGCGCCUGGAAGAAUCGCUUAGCAAGAGGUUUCUGGAGGCCUCGAAAUACCAUGAAAAGGUCAAGAUUAUCCAAAGCGAGGCAGGAAAGUCAUGGCUUGACACGGACGGGGCCACGAAAGAAGCCCUGUUGUCCAGCCUAACUCUCAUCAUUCACGCUGCGUGGCCAGUGAACUUUCACCUCCCGCUUGCAUCGUUCCGCCCUCAUCUCAGAGAGCUCCAGGGAUUAAUUCAGUUGUCGUUGGACGUGCGAUUAUCGCAGCCUGCACGUGUCAUGUUCUGUUCCUCGAUGGGCGUUGCACUCAGCACUCGAGGCCAAAAGAGGAUUGCAGAAGAACCUAUCAUGGACUUUCGACAAGGCAUGAGUAACGGAUAUACACAGUCCAAGGUUGUCGCAGAAUAUGUUGUGCAGAGGGCCAUCGAAGACUUUGGUGCUCUGGCGUGCAACCUGCGCAUUGGCCAGAUCGUGGGAGACACCAAGCAUGGGAUCUGGAACGAACAUGAGGCCAUUCCGCUCAUGAUACGCUCUGCGCUCAGUAUAGGGACUUUGCCCGCCCUGGACAUGAAGUGUUCGUGGAUCCCCGUCGAUACGCUGGCCAGAGCCAUCAUCGAGAUUGCGACAAUAACAAAUGGCCAACAUCCGCCACGUGUAGUCUACAACAUGUGUAGCAGACACAACUUCUCCUGGACGGAGGACCUACUACCGGCACUCGCCGAUGCGGGACUCAAGUUCGAGACCGUACCGUUUGCAGAGUGGAUUGCAGGGCUGAAAAGCUACAGCUCUACCCAGGGGUUGGAAGCUGCAAGCUUGCAUUGUCCGGCCAUCAAACUAAUCGAUUUCUGGGAACGGUCGUAUGGCGGCAAAGAGAGGCAGCACGACGGAGGCCUCCAAUUCGACACCCGCCAAGCACAGGCGGUUAGUAGAAGCAUGGCGACUGCUCCUGACGUGGUCCAAAGUGGCUUGGUCAAGAUCAUGUUGGAUUCAUGGAUGCAAAACUGGGGUGGUCACGGUGAUACCCCGCCCAUUGCGAACGGCAAAGUCUAG